AUGAUUCGAGGCGCCGGCAUCAGAGGUUCUCUCCUUGGUCGCCAAUAUGUAAACAGCCGAUGUUUCGACCAUGUUAUUAGGAGACGACAAUCUACGACAAAUCAUUGGUUUGCUACUGCAAGGAUCCAACGGGGAGACUUGUGUCGGCCUUUAUUCAGUUCCUUGCCAAAGCAGUGGUUUUCUACGUCACACGACCAUGACAGUAUCCAAGUGUUCGUUGCUCCGUCACAAGUGGAUGCCCCGUCCCGGGAGGCUGUCGAAGAGUCCUUUCGCAAGCUGGAUCAAUUAUUAUUAUUGGCAACGGAACAACAAGAAAGUGGACAAUCCAAGGAAGCAGCAGCAGACACUCUCGUCACUGCGGUCUCCCAGUGGAUGAAAUGGUACACUCUGUGUCCAUCAUCACACCUUACAUCCUCCGACUUGUUGACAACCGAUCGAGUCUGGGAAAAAGUUCAACAGAAUCAACGUGUCCUGAAAGAGGCGACACUGUCCGAUGUCGAAUCCACCUACACUGCCAUUGUGACAGGAUAUCUGGUGGAAUGUCAAUCAUCUGCUUUGUCAAAUUCGCAACAACAACAACAACAACAAGCACACAUCAUUGUCAAGAAGGCAAGAAGACUGGUAGAGGAACAAAUGCAAGUGAUGCAAGGAAAAGGUGGCAGUCUUCCUGCCAAGUCCUUUCGUCUCUUGUUGGAGAUUCAUGCCGUGGCAGGAGAUGCGAAGUCAUCAAUCGACAUUUUGGAUUAUAUUAUUGGUGCCAAUACAGACAAACAGAAGAAACCCAAGAGCAAGGAGGUUUCAACCACUUUCCGGCUGGAUCACAGUAUUUUUGACAAGCUUUUUCAAGCUUGUGUAGUAAAAUCUUCAUCAUCAUCACGGCAUAACCGAGGAACUAUUGCCGAUGGGAUCCUGCAACGAAUGAUUCACUUGUCCGAUUUGGGGCUCUUGUCAUCAUCAGGAGGACCCAACAAUGGCCACUACACUCAAGUCAUGGAUGCAUGGGCCAAAUCCGGACAUGCCCAAGCUGCCAAACGAACCAUGGAGAUUUGGAACUAUUUGAGACAUGCCGCCUACCGGGAAAAGAAAUGGUGGUUAAAGCCGGAUAGUACAAACUUGCUGACAGUGCUUCAUUCUUUGGCCCGCGCGGGACAGGCGGAAGAGGCAGAGCGUUUGCUUUGGAAUGUUUGCAAUGAUGAUACCGACAUUCAGCCGGAUGUGAUCAACUUCAAUGCCGUAUUGGAUGCUUGGGCAAAAACCAAAACAAUCCAUGCAGGAGAACGGGCCGAACAAAUUUUGAGAUCGAUGAUGAAGGACAACAGCAACUACAAAGUGGAACCAGACGUCAUUAGCUUUACAAGCGUUAUUCAUGCCUGGAGCACUUCUGGGAAUCCAGACGCCGGAGUCCGAGCACAACAGGUAUUUGACGAAUUAUGCAAACUUGCGCAAAGCAAUGCAAAGAUGGCACCCAACCACACAACAUACAACAGCCUGAUUAGUGCUUGGGCCAAGGUUGGAGACGUCCACAAAGCUGCCGAAGUUUUGGCGACACUGAUGAGCGCCAAACUGGAUGCUGCCAACGUGGAGAUGCACAUGAUUGCCUUUUCCUCGGUCUUGGAUGCCUACGCUCGUGCCAAGGAUCCUCGAGGAGCGGAACGAUUGCUCCGGAAUAUGGAACAGUCUGGGAUAACACCCAACACGGUUUGCUACAACUCUGUCAUUAAUGCUUGGGCAAAAGAAGGAAGUCCCGUGGCAGGUCAAGAAGCAGAGCGAAUACUGCAGGACAUGCAGGACAACACGAGUGUGACCCCGAAUGUGCGAACCUUCAAUUCUGUCAUCCAUGCUUAUGCUAGGUCCAGAAAUGGAGGUGAAUCAGCGGAAAGGCUCUUGCGAGUGUUGCAAGAGAUGGCUCGGCAUCACCCAGAUCGCCGGUUGAAACCUGAUGCCAUUACAUUCAAUUCCGCCAUGAAUGCUUUUGCAAAGGAGGGAAAUCCACAGCAAGCCGAAAACUUGCUCGAAGAAAUGAAACAAGAGGGUGGGAAUAUUUCUCCCAGUGUUGUGUCCUACAACGCCUGUCUUGAAGCAUGGUCUCGGUCUGGUCAUCCUGACAGUGGAGAAAAAGCGGAUCAGUACCUUGAGCUAAUGAAGCCCUUCCGAGAAAGCGGUCCAACGUUGGCUGUGCGAUAUAAACUGGCUAUUAUGUGUUGGCAAAACAGUGCUCGAGCAAAUCAUCCAAUAGCUGCACAAAGAAUAGAAGACCUCAGCCAAACACUCCAAGAAAUCCAAGGGAGAAAGGGAGAAAACAGCUUAUAA